UAACCCAUUCACGCUAUGCUGGUACCUACUGUACGAAAAGAGCACUGAACAUUUACAUGUUUAGAACAUGUCCGUGAUUAAUCGCGUAAGUUCCUUUUAGAAGUUCUAAAUUCUGAUUUUACACUUAAUUUGGGUUACAAAGGAUUACUGAGGCAAUUGUACGAAAAAAAAUACUUCAAAUGUUUAAUAUUAAUAUAAAUUAUAGGAUGUUUAAUUGAAUAUAUUUUACAAUGAUUCCAAUAAAUAUGCAGUAUAAAAAAAAUCAUUUUAUAUUUAAACGUGAGGUUUUGUCUGUCAGGUGCACGCUUACGUCAUCAUAGCGCAAGAAAGUAAAAAAGGGGGAGUGGGUAGGUGACAUCUCUAUUUCUGUACAGUCCUUUAUCGCUAGCAACUGUGGGGAGACAGAAGUAGUUUACUUCCCCUUGAAAUGCAGUAGUUUCCUGAUGAGAGGAAGUAGGCUAGGCGAUUUCACACCUCCUUCGCUGACUAUUAAAAUAAUCCUGUUAAUCGUAGGAUGGGAGUGACUUCGACCGAUAAAUACAACUUGGUACUUUUCACACUGGAACUAGUUUCAUUGGUACAGGCAGCAUGUGCUGGAGGAACAUGUGAAAACGUAUUUAAAGGUUUCUCAGACUGCCUGCUCAGUCUUGGAGAAAAUAUGGUGAACUAUCCCCAAGAGCUGGAUGACAGCGAAAACCUACAGACCAUCUGCUCAUAUUGGAAUGACUUCCACUCGUGUGCCUCCACCGCAAUUGCAGAUUGUCAAGAAGGAGCAGGCCUUUGGGAAAAACUGAAACUUCAGUCCCGGAGCUUGAACUAUCAGGGAAGCUUGUUUGAAUUAUGCUCCGGGGAUAAUGGAGUAUCCAGAGUUUUAUUAACAAUGGAACUGAAGAUACUGCUGAUGUGUUUCACCACACUGGUGGCUUGGCUUACUUUUGAGUAAGAAACCUGAAGACCUGACCUGAAACAAGUUCCUAAAUGGAUUAUAUGCACCCCUGUUUCUCUUCAGCUGAAUCAAUUCGUGUUUUGAUGCACAUUGACUUCUUGGCACUCUUUGAAAAAAAAAAAAAUAUAUAUAUAUAUAUUAUGGAAGAAUUCAGAAAUGACUUUCUUAAAGGGAUAGUUCACCCAAAAAUGAAAAUUCUGUCAUCAUUUACUCACCCUCAAGUGGUUCUAAACCUGUGUGAGUUUGUUUCUUCUGCUGAACACAAAAGAAGAUAUUUUAAAG